AUGGCGUAUUUAAGCGCGAGCAGCAGGGAUGAGUGAGCUUCCUGUCAAACCCAGACGAGACAGAUCAACUGAAAGCUCUCUGGCGCGUCAUAAAAUUCUUUUCUAAAUCCAUAUAACGGGAUAUUAUAGUAAUAAAGAGGAUAAGGUACCGUUUUUAUCGCGUUUUUAGGGAGCUGUGAAUCGAAGUGGAGUUAAAUUGUCGUCUUUGGCUAACUGGCUAAUGAUAGCGAGCUGGCUGUCAUAAGAAAAACAAAAAAUUGAAAGCGGAAGCGUUACGUGCUGGAUUACCAAAGCGGAAGUGCAGAUUUUCGAUCUGAAAGCAGGUUUCUUUGUAGAAACGGAGGGAUGGAUGGAGACGAAAGAGCAACUUCUGAAAGGAUUCUUCUGGAACCGUACAAGUACUUGUUACAGCUGCCAGGAAAACAAGUCCGAACUAAACUCUCGCAAGCGUUCAACCACUGGCUCAACGUCCCAGAGGACAAGCUUCAGGUGAUCAUCGAGGUGACGGAGAUGCUGCACAACGCCAGUCUGCUGAUCGAUGACAUUGAAGACAGCUCUAAUCUGCGGCGUGGUUUCCCGGUGGCCCACAGCAUCUACGGCGUGCCGUCGGUCAUCAACUCCGCCAACUACGUGUACUUCCUGGGUCUGGAGAAGGUGCUGACGCUGGAGCACCCCGAGGCCGUGCACGUCUUCACCCGUCAGCUGCUGGAGCUGCACCGCGGUCAGGGACUGGACAUCCACUGGAGAGACACCUACACCUGCCCCAGCGAGGAGGAGUACCGUGGCAUGGUGCUGCAGAAGACCGGCGGCCUCUUCGGCCUCGCCGUGGGCCUCAUGCAGCUCUUCUCCCACUGGAAACCAGAUCUAAAGCCGCUUCUGGACACCCUGGGGCUCCUCUUCCAGAUCCGGGACGACUACGCCAACCUGAACUCGACGGAGUACAGCGAAAACAAGAGCUUCUGCGAGGAUCUGACGGAGGGCAAGUUCUCCUUCCCCACUAUACACGCCAUCUGGUCGCGUCCCGAGAGCACGCAGGUGCAGAACAUCCUCCGGCAGCGCACGGAGAACGUGGAUAUCAAGCGCUACUGCGUGGAUUAUCUGGAGAAGGUGGGCUCGUUCGCUUACACCCGUCAGACGCUGCUGGAUCUGGAAGCUGAAGCCUAUCGCUUGAUCGCAGAGCUCGGAGGGAAUCCAGAGCUAGAGGCUCUGCUGCAGCAUCUGAGUCGCAUUUAUAAAGAACCUGGGGGCGGAGCUUCAGCCGGCCAAUCGAGAGAGCCCGGGGGCGGAGCUUCAACCAGCCAAUCAAAACACUGACUUCCCCCUGUGAAUAAACUGUACUCUUAUUUUGACUCCA